AUGACUCUAUGGGAUGGCUCCUUCCCCUUCUACCCCAACAUGAAUGCGUGCUUCCCCUUCGACACUACCCAAGCUGUCAUCAUCUCUGUCUUCCUCUCCGUGCUGGCCACUUUCAUCAUCAUCCUGCCAGGGAUCCGGGGCAGAGGGCGAUUCUUCUGGUUCCUGCGUGGGAUAAUGGGCCUCUUCAUUGGAGCAGUGAUCCUCAUGACACAGUUCACCAGGGACUGGGAGAAUGGCUGGGUGACAGCAAACACCUCCUAUAAGUCCUUCAGCCGUGCCAUAGUGAAUGCAGACGUUGGGCUGCACAUCGGUCUGGCAGGGGUGAACAUCACACUCGUAGGAAACCCAGUGAAUCAGGUCAACGAGACCAUCAACUACAAUGAGCACUUUGCCUGGAGCUUCGAUGCAGAUUAUGACCACAGUUACAGUGAAGGCCUGGAGAAGGGGCUGCCCAGCCCCAUCCUCUAUGUGGCAGAGAAAUUCACCACCCAAAGUCCCUGUGGUGUGCACAACCAGUAUCGUAUCUCUGGCCACUAUGCAUCCCUCACACUGUGGAUGGCCUUUUGUGUGUGGCUCCUUUCCAUUUUGCUCUUCUCCAUGCCCAUCCUGCUCUACGGUGGCUACAUGCUCCUGCUCACCGCAGCACUGAUGCUCUUCUCAUUGCUCUUCCUUUUCACUGCAAGGAACACUCCAAAAUGUCCCAUCCAGUUUGGCCCAGCUUCCCUGAAAACAGUCUAUGGCAGAUCCUUUUGGCUGACUUUAGCAACAGGGCUGCUGUGCCUCCUGCUGGGGCUGGGUGUCAUUGUCCUGAAUUCUGUGCAGCCGGAGAAGCUGAAACUUGUCUUUAACCUGGAUGACAGGGAGGGAAAGGAAGGAGUAGAAGACUGGGAAGAGUCCUUCCUGCCAGCCAGUGCCAGCACCUCUGAGCAAGAUAAGCUGAUGGUCCCUUUGAGAGAACUUUGUGAGGUGAUAACCACCAAACUGUAA